AUGCCCUACCUCCCCACCCCACAAGCCUACCUGGAGCAAUCCGCGCUCCUGCUACAAGCAUAUCCCGAUGCGGUACGUGCCAUCCAUGAGUCUGAUGAGUCAGGCUGCAAGCCUACCUCUACCAAAUACCUCAUGAUCAUCCCAAGAAUAACAACAAAAUACACCUUCCCCGCAAGCAAACCCAAAACCCAAAAAGCCACCACACAACCCCAACCGGAAUCCCAAACAACAGCACCACCAACAGAAGAAAAACCCAGAAUAGCCACCCUGACCCUCAAGACCUUCCACGCCGGCUCGGGAAUCUGCCUAAAGUACCGGACGAACAAGGGCGCCGAGGUGGGCCGGUUGAUCACCUCGCUGGGGAAGUUAGCGGCCGGGGCGGAUGUUGAGGCGUUGGGGUUGGGGGGUGCUGGUGCAGUUCCUGCGGGGGCGGGGGCGGGGGAUGCGGAGAUGGUUGAUGCGCCUCCCUCUCUUAUUCCUGCUGGGGCUGGGGAGGGGGGGAAUGAGGGGCCCGGGAAAGGUGGGAAGGGGAAGAAGAAGGGGGGCAAGGGGAGGCGGUAA